CCUGGUUCAACGUUACAAGACGCGAAUAAGCAUUAUCGCUGCAUCAGCUGGUGAGCUCGUAUCAAGCAAAAUGGAGUGAUGUUAUCAAGGUCGUAAUCGUGCGAUUUUACGCAACAUAUAUGCAAAAUUUCGUCCACGGGAUAGAUGUACUGUCAGCUGGUAUCAAAGCAGGAAUAACUGGCCUAAUGAACCUCGCAGGGCAAGCCGCCGAUCCCAGCAACGGCGUCUAUUUCGUCAACUUCAACCAGGACUUCACGUCGCUGGCCGUUGGCUCUAAAACAGGCUAUAAGUUAUUCACCCUAUCUGCAGUAGACAAUCUAGUCAAGAUCUACGAAAAUGAAUCGGAAGAUAUUUGCCUGGUGGAACGGCUGUUCAACAGUAGCCUGGUAGCAGUUGUCAGCCUCUCGUCGCCCCGAAAACUGAAGGUAUGCCACUUCAAGAAGGGCACCGAGAUCUGCAACUACAGCUACUCAAACACCAUCCUCGCUAUCAAGCUCAACAGAAAGCGUCUGGUGGUAUGUCUGGAGGAUUCACUAUAUGUCCACAACAUCCAGGAUAUGCGUGUCUUGCACAACAUCAGAGACACGCCCUCAAACCCCAUGGGGCUUUGCACGCUUUGCAACGGAGAGUCCAGCUACCUGGCGUAUCCCGGCUCGAGCACUAUUGGCGAGGUUCAGGUGUUUGAUGCCCUCAACCUGAGCGCGAAGAUUAUGAUAUCAGCACACGAGUCUCCCUUGGCGGCGAUGGCUUUUAACUAUACGGGUCAGCAGCUGGCUACUGCCUCGGAAAGAGGCACUGUCAUCCGGGUGUUCAAUGUCGCCGACGGAAGCAGACUCUGGGAGUUCAGGCGUGGCGUCAAGAGAUGCGUGGCCAUCUCCAGCCUGGCGUUCAGCCCUGAUGCAAUGUUUCUCUGCUGCUCUAGUAAUACCGAAACGGUGCAUGUUUUCCGCUUAGACCAACCUGACAGCCCCAGGCAAAGCCAACAAAACUUACCACAACCCGCUGAAACUGGUGCUGGCUGGAUGGAAUACUUAUCAAUGGCUGUGUCAAAAUCUGCAAAUCUUCUACCCGCCAGGAUGACAGACGUGUUCUCUCAAGGAAGGGCUUUUGCCACUGCCCACCUGCCUUUCCAAGGUGUACGCAGUGUUUGCUGUGUAGUUAGCAUUCAGAAGGUGCCAAGGUUGUUGGUCGCAUCCGCGGAUGGCUACUUGUACGUCUACGAAAUCAACACUGCCGAGGGUGGUGAUUGUGUUCUCCUCAGACAGCACAAGCUGGACGGCAAAGAGACUGAAGGGUGCCCACCAAAGGCUCUUUCGGGCGACGUUGUCGACAAGCCAUCAAGUUCGCUUGCCAUGCCUAAGCCAGAAGCAGGCGCCAUUAGUAGCUACGCUGGAAUUUUGAAGGGCAGUGGCAGCGCCGACGUCAUGUCAGAUUCGGACAAACUUCGUGAAAUGAAGUUUGCUACAGAGCUGCCUCCCGAGGGACCGCUUCAAUUGGACGAUGACAGCGAAUUCCCACCAGUUACCCAGAAAACGGAGUGAUGCCGAGCUCCUUUUGAGUGUACAGACUUGGUUUGCUUUGCUGACAGCAAUGACUUUCAUUAUGUAAUGCAACCAUUUUUCGUCGCUAAGGACUGUAAAGUUAUUUUUUAUACACAAACACACUCCCAAUAGCGCCAAGCUGGCUGAGAAAUUUCAAUGAGUGACGUACCAUCUUCUUUCAAGGCCAACGAUGAACCUACAGCUGACGCACUCACUCGUUUUUGUCAAUACAAAGUUUGUGGUCAGUUUCAAGACUUUCCUCUAUAGCUAUUAAGUUGUAAGUUUAAGAAUUCAAGUAAAAGCGUUCUGUGAAAAUAUAAAAACGUCAUAAAAACGUUAAAAUCCCAAAAAAUGAGAAAAAAUAUAUAUCAUUAAGUAAGAGUAAUUUUCAAAUCUCCUUUUGGUUUGUUUUGGGAUUAUUUUUUGUAUCAGCACACAUUUUGAUUGAACUAAAGAGUACAAGAAAUUGGUGUCAUUGUGUACAUAAUCAAAUUACUACUGUAGCAAUCUGAUGUUGGACAAUAUUAGUAGUGAUUUAAUUUAUUUGUCGCCAUAUGAGCACUACUCAGCAAAUUUUCAUAGUAAUUUUAAUCACAGAUGCGUAUAAUGCUCCCGUUAUGAAAGUGCUUAAUUUAUUAAGUGUGCCGAUUACUUCAUUAAGUUGCUAUUUGUCAUAACACGUUGCUGAGGGCAUGUGUAUUCAAAAGUCUGACGAUUUUGUCUUGCGCUGAAUAUCUAAAGAAGGCUUCAUAACGCAAGUUAUUGGUAUUUUCUAAGUCUUUCCAGCAAAUCAAGUAUCUCUGGUUUGCGUCUGAACUAAAAUGUUGCUUGAGGAUCACAAAUGUUUCAAUAAAAGUUAAGUGACAUGAAUGCAGAA